AUGCCUUUUUCACGUCGUCCGAGUGCGUCCAUCGCCACCAUUUCAAUGCUGAUUGCAAUCUCUGUCCUGGUCGUGAUAUCGAUUGGGGAAGGAUUCAAGUUUAUGGAUGGGGGAAAGGAUGUUAGUACGAUGAAUAAACGGUGGGUUCGUUUGGGUUGGAGAUCUGAUGAUGGUGUUGAAGCGCGAGAAGCAAAGAGUCCCUCGCCCAUUGGUGCUGUGAUGGGUGUUGUCAAAGAUAUUGCUGGGCCUGUCGCCGCUUCGCCGAAAGUCAACGAUGUCGAAGCGGCUAUGGCUGAGGUUCAGAGUAUGGUCGGUCCGGUUCCUACGGCCGAUGUUGAUCAACUCGUUCAAGCCGGGAGCGCGGCGGUAGGGAGCUUGUUAGCUGCUACGACUGGGGUUUCUAAUAUCGGUGUGCUGGCGGAUUCGUUGGCUACGAGUAUGGCUGCUUCUUCUCAGGGUGGGAAAGCGUCUGGUGGUGAGAGUUCGGGGGUUGUAGAGACGAAGGGAGCAGAGACUACGGCUUUGCCUGCUAAUCCAGUAUAUCAAGGGGAGAAUAUGCCAAUCUCGAAACCUAAUGUUUCUGCUAUGGCGUCAGGAGGUGGGAAUGGCACGAUGACGAAUUCUACACGGCCGCAGAAUACCACAUCAAUGGUCUACCCGUCAAAGAACAUGACGAUCCUAUCCAGCAACAUGACCAUGCCAGCAACCAAACCAGCAAACAUCUCAACCGCCUUACCAUCUAACACCUCAACCACCCUCGCACCAUCCUCUCACAAUCAAACCACAGCAACCAUCCCCCCAAUGAGCUUACCAUCCCUCAACGUCUCCUCGCCAGCUCUCAACUCCUCAUCAGCACUUCCGCAGACACGCAUGCCACCUACACCUCAAAAUACCACCAAUCCUUCGAAUUCUACCAUCCCUCGACCUCAGACUCUCAAUGCAACGUGUCCGGCACCAGCUAAAUGUCCCAUACCUGUCACGGAAACGUGUACGGAGACGGAAACGUGGCAUAGUACCGUGUAUUCGGAUACGGUUACGUUGUUUAGUUUUAUGGAUGUGUUGACUGUUACUUGUACUGUUACUGUUAGUGGAUGUGAUGCAAAAAGCUCUGCAGUGUCUUCGAUGGGAUUGAGUAAUUUGACGGGAUACGGACAACUUGAGAAUGGAAAUGCUAAUGCCCUGCCUAAAUACUCCGUCGCCAGUUCCUCCUCAGCACAACUUAAACCAGGCUCCACGCCCGGCUCCUCGCUUCCUAGCAUCACGGGCAAAACAGCAUCGUCGACGACAUCGCUAUCAGCGCCCCCGGAAUUGUUUGGUGAUAUUAUCGUUUGUGGGGAUGGGAGGAUGGUUAGUGCGAAGGCGGAUUGUGGGGAUGGUGGGGGUGAGGAUGUUAGAUUGGAGAUUCCUAGAGGGAAGAUUGGGGUUGUUGGGGCUGCGGUGGGGGUCGGUGGGGAGCGGAAGGGGCAGGGUGGGAAAGAAGGUGGAGGUAAGGCGAAGGGGCUGGAUGGGAAGGGGUUUUUUGAGGUUGUUAAGCGGAGGGAGGGGUGA